CUCAACUUGUCUGUCAUUCGAACAUAUUACCAAAGCUUCCUUGAUGCCCGGAAUCACUUUCAACCCAGAGAUAGACAUCCCCAAUUUUGCGGGCAAAGUCAUCUUGGUCACUGGAGGUACUUUCUUUCUAAUCUUAAUUUCCACGAAGACCUAACAACUCACAGUCUUUCAGGAACCGCCGGACUGGGUGCGGGGACGGCGCAACAACUGGCCAAGCAUGAGCCGGCGCACAUCUAUAUCAGCGGCCGCAAGGCCUGGUGUCGAGACCGUCAUGGAACAGAUUCGACAGAGCGGAAGCACCACCCCGGUCACGUUUCUGCAAUGCGAUCUCGCAGACCUGAGCUCAGUGCAGCGCGCGGCGGAGGCCUUCCUAGCGCAAGAUUCCUGCUUGGACGUGCUGAUGUGCAACGCGGGCAUCAUGGCCCACCCGGCGGGUCUGACGGCCGACGGCUACGAGAUCCAAUUCGGCACUAACCACCUCGGCCACGCCCUGCUCAUCCAUAAACUGCUCCCGCGGCUCGAAGCCACCGCCGCCAAGGGACGCGACGUCCGCGUCAUCACCCUCACAUCCUUUGGGCUCCGGGGCCAUCCACCGGGCGGAAUCCCCUUCAGCAAUCUCCGCACCACCCAGGAGUACCCGGUUCUUGCAGGCUGGAUUUGCUAUGGCCAGAGCAAGCUGGCAAACCUGCUGUAUGCGCGCUAGCUGGCCCGCCGAUAUCCCGCGCUGACCAGCAUCUCUCUCACGCCCGGGGUGGUCAAUACGGGGCUCGUCGGGAGUCUGGGCUGCUGGAAUCGUGCAUUCGUGUGGAUGACCACCUUGGGUCAGAUGGUGAAACCCGAGCAAGGCGUCUAUAAUCAGCUGUGGGCUGCUACUACCGCUCUGCCUAACUUGUAGAACGGCCAAUUCUACGAGCCAGUUGGAUUACUCUCGUUCAAGCUGGACAGUGCGGCCAGGGACGAUGAGUUGGCCAAGCGACUAUGGAACUGGACUGGCGAGGCGUUGAGGCCCUUAUUGUGAUCUGGGCUCAUUCAAACUUCUGACCGCUCGGCAAGGAAUCUCACUCGAGCUUCCUGCUACUAGUAUAUUGAUGAGGAAGCCUGUACGAUUAGGAUUGUAA